AUGACUGCUGAAAAAACUGCUACUAUGGAUUUACCACCAGAAUAUAUUUCUGCUGCUAACGAUUUACGGUCCGAUACCUUUACUACCCCUACAGAGGCUAUGAUUAAAGCUGCUUUAAAUGCUUCUGUCGGUGACGCUGUCUACGGUGAAGAUGUUGAUACUGCUAGAUUAGAACAAACUGUAGCUAGAUUAGCUGGUAAGGAAGCUGGUCUAUUUUGUGUCUCUGGUACUAUGUCUAACCAAAUUGCUUUAAGAACUCAUCUAUAUCAACCACCUUAUUCCAUCCUAUGUGAUUACAGAGCUCAUGUUUACACUCAUGAAGCUGCUGGUCUUGCCAUUUUGUCUCAAGCUAUGGUUGUUCCAGUAAUUCCAUCCAAUGGUAACUAUUUGACUUUAGAAGAUAUCAAGAGUCAUUAUGUCCCAGAUGAUGGUGAUAUUCAUGGUGCUCCAACUAAAGUUCUUUCUUUAGAAAAUACUCUACAUGGUAUUGUUUAUCCAUUGGAGGAAUUAGUCAGAAUUAAAGCUUGGUGUAUGGAAAAUGGUAUGAAAUUACAUUGUGAUGGUGCUAGAAUCUGGAAUGCAGUUGCUGAAACUAAAGUUCCAUUGAAACAAUUCGGUGAAUUAUUUGAUUCGAUCUCUAUUUGUUUAUCUAAAUCAAUGGGGGCUCCAAUUGGUUCUAUCCUUGUCGGUAACGCUAAAUUCAUUAGAAAAGCAAACCAUUUCAGAAAACAACAAGGUGGUGGUAUCAGACAAUCUGGUAUGAUUUCUCGUAUGGCCCUUGUCAAUGUUGAUGGUGAUUGGAAAACGGAUUUAUUAAGAUCUCAUGCUUUAGCUCAUGAUCUUGCCGCAUUCUGCAAAGUUAAAGGUAUUCCAUUGGAAUCUCCUGCUGAUACAAACUUUGUCUUCAUUGAUUUGAGAGCUGCUAAGAUGAACCCGGACGUCCUUGUCAAGAAAGGUUUGAAAUAUAAUGUUAAAUUGAUGGGUGGUAGAAUUUCUUUCCAUUACCAAGUCUCUGAUGAAUCCCUAGCAAAUGUCAAACAAGCUUUAUUAGAAGCUUUCGAAUACGCCAAAGAACAUCCAUUUGAUCAAAAUGGUCCAACCCAAAUCUAUCGUAGUGAAUCUACAGAGAUUGAUGUUCAUGGUAACGCUAUCCAAGACAUCAAGGGUUACAAAUACUAG